CUUGCCUAUAAAUGAAGAUAGUCAAGAGUCGAUAACUCGAUAUCAUCAAAGUGAAAAUGACAAACUUCAAAGACAACGAUGGAGAUGGAACCAAACUCCACGUGGUAAUGUUUCCAUGGUUAGCCUUUGGUCACAUGGUUCCAUACUUGGAGCUCUCUAAACUCAUAGCUCAAAAGGGUCACAAAGUCUCUUUCAUUUCCACUCCACGUAACAUCGACCGUCUCCUCCCACGGUUACCGGAAAAUCUCUCCUCCGUCAUUAACUUCGUCAAGCUAUCACUUCCCGUCGGCGACAACAAACUCCCGGAAGACGGUGAAGCUACCACAGACGUCCCUUUCGAACUCAUACCUUACUUAAAAAUCGCUUACGACGGGUUAAAAGUUCCGGUGACGGAGUUUCUUGAAUCUUCGAAACCCGAUUGGGUUCUUCAAGAUUUCGCGGGGUUUUGGCUUCCUCCAAUCUCUCGUCGUCUCGGAAUCAAAACCGGAUUCUUUAGCGCUUUCAACGGCGCGACGCUCGGUAUUCUUAAACCGCCGGGGUUCGAAGAGUACCGUACUUCGCCGGCGGAUUUUAUGAAGCCGCCUAAGUGGGUUCCGUUUGAAACUUCGGUAGCUUUCAAGUUAUUUGAAUGCAGGUUCAUUUUCAAAGGAUUUAUGGCGGAAACCACCGAAGGGAAUGUUCCCGACAUCCACCGUGUCGGCGGCGUAAUUGACGGCUGUGACGUCAUCUUCGUACGGAGCUGUUACGAGUAUGAAGCGGAGUGGUUAGGACUUACACAAGAACUUCACCGGAAACCGGUUAUACCGGUCGGAGUUUUGCCUCCAAAACCGGACGAAAAGUUUGAAGAUACCGACACGUGGCUGUCUGUUAAAAAAUGGUUGGACUCACGGAAAAGUAAGUCCAUUGUCUACGUAGCUUUUGGUUCAGAAGCUAAACCGAGUCAAACGGAGCUAAAUGAGAUCGCUCUCGGUUUAGAGCUUUCUGGUUUACCUUUCUUUUGGGUGUUAAAGACUCGUCGUGGUCCGUGGGAUACCGAACCGGUCGAGCUUCCGGAAGGAUUCGAAGAGCGUACAGCGGAUAGAGGGAUGGUGUGGAGAGGUUGGGUUGAGCAAUUGCGUACAUUGAGCCAUGACUCGAUCGGUUUGGUUCUGACUCAUCCCGGUUGGGGAACGAUAAUUGAAGCUAUCCGGUUUGCUAAACCGAUGGCAAUGCUGGUUUUUGUGUAUGACCAAGGAUUGAAUGCGAGAGUCAUUGAAGAGAAGAAAAUUGGGUAUAUGAUCCCUCGAGACGAGACAGAAGGUUUCUUUACUAAAGAAAGUGUUGCGAAUUCGCUAAGAUUGGUAAUGGUGGAAGAAGAAGGAAAGGUUUAUAGAGAGAAUGUGAAGGAGAUGAAAGGAGUGUUUGGAGAUAUGGAUAGACAAGAUCGUUAUGUGGAUUCAUUCUUGGAAUAUCUUGUUACUAAUCGUUAACUUUGAGUCUUGAUCCAAUGGUCGGUUAAUUGAGUGAAGUUGAUCAAGUGUUGCAAGGAUGAUCAUUGUAUAAUGUUAUGAUAUUUUGGAAUGGUCAAGUUUUCUUGAGACAAAGAAAAUUAGCGUCUCAUGAUAUUGUGGUAUCAAAUACUCUA